AGACCUGACUUCCUGUGUAGUGUAUUCAACAUCCAUUCCUUUUUCCGGUUGUCGGAGUUACCGUGAAUGAAAAUAAUAAGACACGUGAAAUAAAUUUUCUACAAUGGCUGUAGGCAAAAAUAAGGGGUUAAUGAAACGUGGUAAUAAGGGUUCUAAGAAGAAGAUCGUCGACCCAUUUACAAAAAAAGAUUGGUACGACGUGAAGGCCCCGAACAUGUUCUCGAACCGCCAGCUGGGCAAGACCCUGGUGAACCGGACGCAGGGCACCAAGAUCGCGUCGGAGGGCCUCAAGAGCCGGGUGGUGGAGGUGUCCCUGGGCGACCUGCAGUCGGACACGGACGCCGAGCGCUCGUUCCGCAAGUUCCGCCUGAUCGCGGAGGACGUGCAGGGCCGAAACGUGCUGACCAACUUCCACGGCAUGGACCUCACCUCCGACAAGAUCCGCUCCAUCGUAAAGAAGUGGCAGACCACGAUCGAGGCGUUCGUGGACGCCAAGACGACGGACGGCUACACGCUGCGCGUGUUCGCCAUCGGCUUCUCGUGCAAGAACCCCAUGUCGGCGCGGAAGACGUGCUACGCCCAGCGCACGCAGGUGAAGGCCAUCCGCAAGAAGAUGGUGGAGAUCAUCACGGCCAGCGUGACCUCGGGCGACCUCAAGGACUUCAUCAGCAAGCUGAUCCCCGACUCGGUGGCCAAGGACAUCGAGAAGGCGUGCCAGCACAUCUACCCCGUGCACGACGUGUUCAUCCGCAAGGUGAAGGUGCUGAAGAAGCCGCGCUUCAACCUGAGCAAGCUGCUGGAGCUGCACGGCGGCAAGGAGUCUGCGUCGGGCGCGGGCGGGGAGGACACGGGGGUGUCCCUGGACAAGGGCGACCACUACGAGCCUCCCGUGGUCGCCGAGGUCUGAGCGCGUCGCCUCCCCACGCACACCUGUGAUGACGUGUCAGCAUGCUUCCUGUUCGUUACUCCUUUACACGGUUGUAUGAUCAUGAAGUUCUUUCACUUGUGUACCUGUUCAUUACAGGUGUUUGUGGUAAAAUAAAGUUUAUGUAAGGUGA